UUGUGUUUGGAACAAAGGAAAUAUACAAGCUGCAUGGCAAAAGACUAUAAAAGGCAGCUCCAACUUCUCCAUUUUGUCUUCAGUCCUGCUUCUUACCUCUGGAAUAACCUUUCUACAAAGCUCUGAGCAAAGGACUGAAUGACCCAUCCAAGCUGUGGAUAUGUUCCAGAGGGACUUUCAAGCCAGGAAACUCACCGCUACUGCUAGGAACCUGAUAGACUUUGAAGUCUUUGUAUGGCUAGACAAUGGCAGCAGCAGCAGAAGGUCAAUUUCAGGCCAUAACCAAAGCCAUGGUAAGCAUCACAGAAACGGACAAAGUGAGGAAGGAGGCUGAGCUGCUGUUGAAGUCCGAUGCCAAGUGGGAGGAGAUCUUCAUGCCAGCCCCCAUCUCCAUUGCCAUCCUGGGGGAACUAGUACUCCUCUCCAUGAGGCAGAAAGAUGAUGUCUCCAUCAAUAAGAACCGCUCUACAGAUGGGUUUAAAGCUAUCGAACACCCAGAAUCCUUCAGGGCUUGCUUACGCCAAGUAAGUGAAAGAGCAUGGGAGGCCUUCAAUGAGGUCAACAUGCAGCCGAUCUGCUGGCAUUCAAAGUAUGUCUCAGAGCAGAUGACAAACAUCAUGCAGGGCUUCUUCCAAAAUACUCAAGUGGAAAAGAACCAGCUCCAGACAAAGAUAAAGAAAAUUCAGGACAAAGCAGAGAAGUGCACAGAGUCAGCUCAGGCAAUGCAGCAGGGCAAGUUUUUGGAGGUGAUUUUCCUGGUCAAGGAACUCUUGCAGGCCUGUCAGAAUGCCGAGUAUGGUUAUGAGAAGGACCUGGAUGAGAUGAGGAUCAAGCUGAAGGAGGUGAAGAUCAAACAGGAGUCAGUCAGGAAGACUAUGGAGGACGCUAAGUGGAAGCAAAUGCAAGUGGAAGGGGAGACAAAGAAGGCCCUCAAUGAGAUUGAAGAAGCUCUGAACUUCAGUCUCACUUCAUGUUAUGACAUAGGCUCAGAUAUGACUGAUAAAACUGAGUGGAUAAAAAAACAAUUAUCGAAAGUGGAGGCGAGUGGGGAGGCACUGAGGCAGUCCCACAAAGAGGAUCACAGAAGCGUCAAGAAGAUCAUUGAACUGAUGAAGGAGCGGACAGAAAUCCUCUGUGAGAUGAAGGAAUAUGAGAUGAGAGGAAAAGAUCUUGAGACAGCCAAGAAGAUGGUGAACGAAGGGCAGAGUGCCCUGGGGAAGGUGGAGCAGCAGUGGGAUAAGAUGAUGCAGUUCUUUCAUAUGAUCUCCAACCUGAUCCAAUUCUGCUUCAACUGGCACAUUCAGGAAUGUUUAGCGUCUGUAGAAGGCAUCCAGCAGAUCACUCAUGCAUUCAAUGCCUCCAAUAUAGCUCAGCUGGUGCACAUGUUCUCCAAGAUAUUCACCCAAGUAUGUGAGAAAUAUCUGAUAAACCUAGUCAGCAUCACAGAAAGAAUCCUCACUAUGGAACCUUCCAAUCCCAGUUUUGACUCCGAGUGUGCUAAGAUAGCCAGUGGCUGUGCUAAGGCCCAGGAGGAUAUCUCCGACCUCGUGCUGGAGAUGAAGAAUGAGUUCAAGAGGAACUUAAAUGCUGGGCUGGAGACCAUCGAGAAGAUGAAGGCCAUGCAGUACCCAUGAGCAAGGAGAAGCUGAAAGUGAUUCAUGGGGCCAACUGCAAAAUAAAAAGAUUAGUAUGAAUAUGAUGUCUCAGUUAAGUCCCAGGUACUGGGCAAAGAUCCACAAUCAAGUGAUUAAAAAUUCCCACCCUUUUCCUCUGCUUUGAUUUCAGCUUGAAUAUCUCAACCAGCCACUCUCUCGAAGCUCACCUCAGAAAAGCUCCAUUCAGCUCCACUUGGACCUUCUUGGGACACAAAAAUGAAAGAAGCCCUAUCAGGUUUCAACUCAUCCAGGCCCAUCAGGCACCAAGACAGAAAAGUUCUCUUCAAUCUAUUUCCCCAGGGCUCUAGCUUUAAAUGUCCCAAGUGAUGAGACUCUCAUCUCACACACACACACAAUCAAAAGACCCUUCAAAGAUAUCACCGCUAUUAAACACAUAAUGAAGAGUCUCAAAUGGGCCCCACUGCAAGAAGUGGGUCUAUGCAGAUCCUGACGCAUUAGCUCUGUUUAGAGGAGGCAUCAGCAGGAAGUAGUGGGAAAUUUCAUGGGAAGCAGAGGAAGCCAUCAGCGGCUGGGACAAGGAUGGAUGAUGAACAUCUGGGGGAGAAAGAACUGGAGUACUUGUGGCACCUUAGCGACUAACAAAUUUAUUUGAAUAGUCUCACUGAUCACUCUCGUUAUAGUGUGUAUGGUAACACCCAUUGUUUCAUGUUCUCAGUGUAUAUAUAUACACCUCUACCCCAAUAUAAUGCUGUCCUCGGGAGCCAAAAAAUCUUACCGCGUUAUAGGUGAAACCGCGUUAUAUCGAACUUGCUUUGAUCCGCCGGAGCAUGCAGCCUUGCCCACCACCCCACCCUGGAGCGCUGCUUUACCGCGUUAUAUCCAAAUUCGUGUUAUAUCGGGUCGCGUUAUAUUGGGGUAGAGGUGUAUCUUCCUACUAUAUUUUCCACUGCGUGCAUCCGAUGAAGUGGGUUUUAGCCCACGAAAGCUUAUGCUCAAAUAAAUGUGUUAGUCUCUAAGGUGCCACAAGUACUCCUGUUCUUUUUGUGGAUACAGACUAACACGGCUGCUACUCUGAAAUCUGGGGGAGAGUAUAUCAUGGGUGAACCCCAUGUUCCUCCAAAGGGAUAGGAGAAGCCAGAAACCCCAACCUUCUCUGAUAGGGAUGGAGACUGAAACCAGAGUGCCCUGAGGGGAAACGGAGGUAUUGCUGGGGAGCUUCCUCCUGGGACACUGCCCUGUCAACUCAAGAUCCAUUGGCUUUCCAGUGAGUUGACAGUCUGGGGGUUGUUCAUAUGUUUCACUUGGUGUAACACUGUCCACCUUGUUACGGUGCUAGGGACACAGCAAGAACCAAUCCCGCUAGCAAUGCUGCUUUCGGUGAAUAAAGAAUUAACUCCACACCUCCAGCACUGCAACCUCCUAUGGUUUAUCACCUGUCAGAGCGAUUGGCUGGCCUCUGGCCAAGGAGAGAAUCAUUGGCCUGAUCUUUCUUCUCCUUUAUUUGCUGAUUGCUAUCUUUAUGCAUUGGCACAUACAGCACAUCAGUGACUGCAAAAUAAACUGUUAGCGCUAUCUGGUGAAAGCAAGAGAUUCAGUCAGGAGUCCUGGUUUCUAUCCCCAGAUCUGAGAGGGGAGUGAGGCCUAGUGGUUCGAGUAGGAGAGUUGGACUCAGGACUCCUGAGUUCCAUUCCCGGGCCUGAGGGGAGAUGGGUAGAACCGGCUGAGGCUGACAGUCAGCUGUUCAGUACAGUCCCAUCUGAAGUGCUGCUGACUCCCUGUUGCCGUAUAUUUGGGGAGCAUAAUCUGACUUUUUUCUGGGAUGCAUUUCUGCUGCAAUUCUUUCCUGUGACUCAUUUAGUGGCUCUGAUUCAAUAAAGUUUCUGUGACUCCAAUUAA